AUGGCAAAAAGAUCACCUCAUCGUAUACUAGUCACCCCAUCAGUUCGUGGAUUGCUGUAUGGGCCAUUCAAGAGGAAUGCACAUACCAGGAAAUGUCUGCAGGAAGAAAGGGUCGCUAUUCAGGAAUAUGUGCUGAAGAAAGCGGAGCAAGGGGGCGAAUACUCAGUUGAUGUUUUACCACCGGAGCCCCCUACAGAGUUAGAACUACAAGCUAGACAAAUCCUCCCAGCCGAGCAUGAUUAUCCAUUUGAAAAUAUUGUAUUUGAAGGAGGCGGAAGCAAGGGGAUGGCCUACUGUGGUGCGGUUCGGGCACUUGAAAAUAUAGGUUUGUUUCCACAAAUCAAACGCUUUGCUGGCACCAGUGCCGGUGCUAUCACUGCCGCCUUGCUCUCAGCCGGAUACAAUUCACAUGACAUCGAAACAUUCAUGAAGAAAGACCUCUCCAAAAAUUUCAUGCUCGAUGGCUCAUUUCUUUGGAGAUUGUUCACAUGCUUACCGAGGUUUAUAUUUGGUUACGGAUUAAGUCCUGCCGCUCAAUUCAACGAGUGGCUUGGUGAUAAGCUACGCAAUAAAACUGGCAGUGCUGAUGUCACUUUCGAGCAGCUUUACGACAGGACCGGUAAAGAACUUUGCGUUGUUGUCACUAACGUCAACAACAUGUCUGAGGAGUAUUGCCAUCCUAAAACCACACCAGAUAUGCCCGUUAGACUCGCUGUACGCAUGUCCAUGUCAAUUCCAGGCAUGUUCCAAGUCGUAAAGUACAACCACAAUGCACGUGCAUCAUCCAACAUGUAUGUUGACGGAGGAAUUCUGUGUAACUUCCCAAUCCACUGCUUCGAUGGUUGGUGGCUGUCUAUGAAGCCAAAGGAUGCUUUUAUCCGCAGAUUAUAUAAUCUUAAGGAACUUCCUAUUGUCAUGAGUAAAACACACAGAUUUGGGGAACGGUCGGACAAAACCCUUGGGUUUCUUGUGUAUUCAGAAGCUGAAGCUGACAACUUCAAGUUCUAUCUGGAGAAGCGAUCGCCAGUACUUGCUCGGUCUAACUCUUCACUUAACAGGAGGCGAAAAACACAAUUUCUUGAGCAGGCCAGGGAACGAAAACGUAUCGCUGAUGCUGUCAAUCGCUUCCUUCCGCUUGUAGAUGAAUAUGACAAAAACCACGACGGAAAGGUCAAUUACCAAGAAUUUCAGCAGGUCUACGAUCACUUUCCUGACGAGGACAAGCACAUUCUGUUUGGUAACCAUGCUGGGUCAAAGGCUUUGUUUGAAACGCUAGAUGAAAACAGUGAUGGACAGGUGAGGUUCCAGGAAAUAAUGCGCUACGUAGAGCGGAAAGGACUGGAUGUGAACCAGAAAUACCUGGGAUACAAACGACAGGAUGUUACAAGCCUUACAUCCUACGCCCUUACUGUAUUUGAUACCAUGCUCCUAAACCUCAAACGACUGUACAUGGAGCAUGAUGACCUUGAGCGUUCUGUUGGUAUAAAUACGGGGCAUAUUGAAACAGCAGACUUCGACCUUGAGGAUGAGGACAUUGCUUUCAUGCUGGAGCAAGGAAAAAACACUACAAUUGAUUUCCUUAAAAUGUAUGCGGCGAAGAGGAAUGCGAAGUUGGCUGAAUCCUCUGGAGAAAGAAACUAG